GAUUGUUUUUGUUUAUUUUCAUAUUGAGUAUAUUGGAUAACUAUUAAAAAUAUAAUUAUCUGUGCAUUAGUAAUUCAAUCAUUAGUGCAAUAAUGGACAUAAGUUGCGUGAAGGUUGAGCCUGAGCAAGAGGAUGAAACGCUAUGGGAAUCGGACUUGGGCGUUAACCACAUUAUGCUCGAAACCGAAAAUACUUCAGAGAUCGACAUAGGACCAAUCAAGAUAGAGCCAGAAAAUUUCACAGAGUGCCAGGCUCUGGGUCCCAUCAGAAGCAUUAUAAGUCCGACGAAGAAGAAGCAUCCUACAGCUGUUGCUACUGCUGUGAGAUUUUCCUAUCAGUGUGACCACUGCCCGCGUCACUUUGAAAGAAGCGACGAACUCGAGAUACACACCCAGAUUCACUCAAACAAUCUGCUUUACAAGUGCUCAUACUGUCCAAAUAGUUUCUCUCACAAAUCCAUUUUCACGGCACACAUGUACGUGCAUGGGAAGUUUCCCUACGAAUGUCCAGAAUGCCCAAAAGGAUUUUUGAAGAACAGCGAUCUGAAGAAACACGCUCGACUUCAUGUUGAUAAGCGUCUUUCCAAAUGUCCAUUAUGUCCAAGGAACUGCACCCAUAACGGGAAUAAUCCCAUUCAGUGUCCACAGUGUCCUCGAAGUUUCAUGAAGAGCGACGAGCUAGAAAUACACCUUCAGAUCCACAGCGAUAAACUUCCAUACAAGUGUCCCUACUGCCCGAGCAGCUUUGCGCAUAAAUCGAAUUACCUGUCGCACAUUUGUGAACACACUGGUGAAUUUCCCUACAAAUGCCAUGAGUGCCCGCAAGGAUUCAUGAGAAGAAUUGAUCUUAUGAGACAUCUUCAGAUUAGUCAUUGUGAUCAGCAGCUCAUUAAUUCUCGACAAUUGUUAAAGAGAUGCACAAAAAGCUUGCAAUCAGAAAUAAAAAAUAAUCUCAAUAAGAAUGAAAAAAUUAAAACCAAUUCGCAGUCGACUUCUAUAAAAGCUAAAGCUAUAACGGAUAAGGAAAGUAAUAAGUUAAGAAGCCAGUUACUGAAUAUGAAAGAGGAAAUUAUAGACAACAAACAGGAUAAAGAACAGAAACAGGAGAAAAUAAAAUCCAGCUUGCACUCACCUGCUAUAAAACCUAAGUCUCAAAAGGAUUCUGAGCAUAUCCAAAUUGUAAAAGAUAUUUUGGAUGUUUCUUCGAAUAAAGUUACAAACGACAAGAAACAAAGCAUAGACACGAUACAAGCAGUGCCUUCAAUAAGUUGGAUGUGGAAAUAUUACCGGCUGAUGCUAAUAUUAAGGAAAAUGUUAAAGCCAAACCAGAGAAUCAGGCUUUAAUAAAUGCUGUAACAAAUCCAUCCCACAUGUGCAAGAUCUGCAAUAAGGAAUUCAAGAGCAUUAAAGAUUUGCGCUUGCAUGAGAAAUGCUAUACACAUUCGAAAAGACAGUUGGGUAUCCGGCCUUACAAAUGUGAUCACUGCUCGAUGUCCUAUACACAAGCGUUCAAUCUUACGGUGCAUAUGCGCAAGCAUACUGGAGAACGUCCAUAUCAAUGUCCCCACUGCCCGCGGACUUUUAUACAGAACUCGGGUCUGAAAGUGCACAUUCGACAACACUCCGGCGAGAGACCUUAUAAAUGUGCUCACUGUCCACGUACUUUUGCCAAUCACUCAAAUCAUAUGAAACAUAUGGUAAUCCACGCUACAGAGGUGGCCAGAAACCAUCCUUACAAGUGUCCACACUGCCCCAGAUCUUUUGCCCAAAAUUGCCAAUUUAUUACUCAUGUUCGCGGACACACGGGUGAACGUCCCUAUCAAUGCACACACUGCUCUAAGGGCUUUAAAGUGAGUCACGAUUUAACGAGACACCUACGCAGUCACACUGGAGAGCGUCCCUUUAAGUGUCCUCAUUGCCCAAAAUCUUUUGCUCAAAACUCACAUUACCAUGCGCAUAUUCGAGUACAUUCCGAUGAUCGACCUCUACAGUGUCCCCAUUGUCCGUGCACCUUUCUGAAGAGCUACAAUCUGAAAGUUCAUCUCUGCACCCAUACAGGGGAACGGCCCUACAAGUGUCCACACUGUCCAAAAACAUUUACUCAGAAUUCUUGUCGUAAGGCACACAUUCGUGAACAUCAAUCAAGCAAAUAAAAUUAUUUAAAUUGAAAUCAAUUUAAUAAACA